AUGUAUAUCAAAGGGAUAGAAGAACCCUUGAUCACGAGGCUUUUUGCAACCACGCUAACUGGGGCGGCCCAGGCGUGGUUUUCGUCGUUACCAGCUGGGUCUAUCGGAUCCUUUGAAGAAUUUGGUGGCUGGUUUUUACUCAACUUUGCCACCAGUAAGAAGCAGCCGAAAUCAGAAUUUGCGUUAGGGAAGAUUAAGCAACAACCCGGUGAAACAUUACAAAAAUACCUGGACCGGUUCAAAUUGGCCGCCUUGCAGGUACCCGGGUUAUCCGAGAACGUUCACUUACAUUUAGUAAUAGCCGGGCUGCAUGGAACAUCACAGUUAGCUAAGUCAAUAUAUAAAGAGCCACCUCGGACCUUGGUUGAGUUCAACACGCGCUUUAAGAAGUACCUGGAGCUUGAACAGAUGGAACUAGAAAAUGUCGACCAAAGACAUCAACCUGGUCAGGGAGAAAAGCUCGGAGGUCGAAGAGCAAAUGACCUUCGAGGAAAAAGACAAGAUGACAGGUUCCAGGUGAUGGGGAGAUUUGACAAAUAUGCCCCUUUAAAUUCUCCCCGGUCGCAAAUCUGGCGUGAGGUCGCCUCAACAGAUAUGAAGAAGGUGGAAAGACCUCGGCCAUUGCAGAACCCAGCUGGGUUAGAUCAGUCCCGAUACUGUGCAUUCCAUGACGGGCCGGGUCACACCACUGAUGAGUGCUAG